AUGGGAGACUCCGGCGAUCCUUUCAUGCGUAACCAGAACGCCGCCGUUCAAGCGCGCACUAAGUCUGUGAACAGAUCUAAUGUUCUCCAGCUCAAACUGAUGGGUCAAAGCCACCCUACUGGCUUAACAAACAAUCUACUUAAGCUCUUUGAGCCACGACCGCCUUUGGAGUACAAACCACCACCGGAGAAGAGAAAAUGCCCGCCUUAUACAGGCAUGGCUCUGUUUGUGAAAAACUUCGCUGAGCCUGGUGAUCCAGAAUACGCUCCACCUAAGCCAGAAGUUGAAACUCCUGCUCAGAAAAGGGAGAGAAUCCAGAAAUUACGACUGGAGAAAGGUGUUGCAAAGGCUGCAGAGGACUUAACGAAAUAUGACCCGAACAAUGAUCCAAAUGCUACCGGAGAUCCAUACAAGACGUUAUUCGUCUCAAGACUCAACUACGAAUCCUCCGAGAGUAAGAUUAAAAGGGAGUUUGAAUCUUAUGGACCAAUUAAACGGGUUCAGUUGGUGACUGACAAGCUGAGCAACAAACCAAGAGGAUAUGCUUUCAUUGAGUACAUGCACACCCGUGACAUGAAAUCCGCGUAUAAACAAGCUGAUGGACAAAAGAUUGACGGUAGAAGAGUGUUGGUCGAUGUCGAGAGAGGUAGAACCGUCCCGAACUGGCGUCCACGCAGGCUUGGUGGUGGACUUGGGACCUCAAGGGUCGGUGGUGGUGAAGAGACUGUUGGGGAACAACCACCACAACAGCAAGGAAGAACGUCUCGGUCAGAGGAACCAUCAAGACCACGUGAAGAGCGUGAGAAAUCUCGAGAAAAGGGAAAAGAAAGGGAACGAGAAAGGUCUCGUGAAGUGUCUCAGGAGCAGCCUCGAGAGCGUUCUCAUGACAGACCAAGAGAGGAUAAGCACCACAGAGAGCGUGACCGAGGAGGCAGAGAUAGAGAGAGAGACAGCAGGCGUGACCGUGACCGGACCCGUGAUAGAGGAGAUAGAGACCGUCGUGACCGUGACAGGGGGAGAGACCGUACUUCAAGGGAUCAUGACAGAGACCGCGAUAGAAGGAGAGAGCGAGAUUACGAAGGAGGUGAGUAUGAGCACGAGGGUGGUGGUGGUGGUCGGUCCCGUGAAAGAGAGACGGAGUAUGAGAGGAGCGGGUCAAAGCACAACGACCGAAACAGACAUGGCGAGCCAGAAGAGAGUCGUAACAGCUACUACGAAGACGAUCAAGGGGACGCAAACAGGUAUAGUCAACGAUACGAGAAAAUGGAGGAAGAUGAGUACAGAUAUGAAUACAAGCGGUCUGAGAGAUCAGAGUCGCGUGAGUAUGCUCGCUGA